AUGGCUCUUCAGGAUGUUUGUGGUUUCCUGGACACCCUUGAUGACACCGGCCCAUGCACUUACCCACCAAAUGAGAUGGGAUACAUGUGGAGGACAGCAUCUGAGUUUGAUAGAGAUAGUGCUUUUCAUUUUCUUUUCCCCCCUCAGCAGUGCAGCAGAAAAAACAGAGUGCCAACUCUUUUCUCUUCAACUUUCUCCAGUCUGUCACCUCAUCAGCAACCCUUUCAGCUAUCACACGGUACCACAACUUUGGGUUUUAUAUUUCAGGAUGGCGUGAUAGCCGCUGCUGACACUCGCGCCAGCUGUAAGGGUCUAAUUUGCUGCCCGACAAGUCAAAAGAUUAUGCCCAUCCACUCUCACCUGGUGGUCAACACCUCGGGCAGCGGUGCCGAUUGUAUGUUGUGGGAACGGAUCCUCACCCGUGAGAUGAGGCUUUACCAGCUUCGCCAUCGCAAGAGACUAAGCAUCAAUGGAGCUGCAAAACUGCUUUCCAUGAUGCUUCAUCCGUUCAAAGGCACUAAUGUGUGUGUUGCAGCUACUCUAUGUGGAUGGGAUGGAGAAGAAACUCGGGAAACCCUAAAUUCCUGCAUGGAAAUUGCAGAGGUUAAGGAAGCAGUGGAACAGGAUACCGGUGUAUCCACAAUUUCAGAUUCAGCUCUAAGUAGUGUGAAAAUGGCCUCUGUAAAUGAGCAGGAGAUUUUAAAAGACGCUUAUGCACUGAAUCCAGCUGUGUCAGAUCAAAAUACAAAAAAUGUUCUGUCUUUUGGAGGACGGUCUGGUCCCAGGGUAUGCUAUGUUUGCAGUGAUGGCCUGCAACUGAAAGGAGAGAUAAUAUCAGUGGGCUCAGGGUCACCCUAUGCGUACGCUGUUCUUGAUGAUGGCUGGAGAUGGGGGAUGACUGUGGAUGAGGCAGUGGCACUGGCCCGGGAGGCUGUUUUCAGAGCCACUCACUGGGAUGCCUACUCUGGGAAUAAUGUAGACCUUUUCCACAUCACUGCCCAUGGCUGGCGACGCAGAGACAGAGAAGAUCUGAAGGAGGAGUACUACAGAGAGAGGGAGAGAAAGAGGAAGAAGAUCAAGGAGAGGGAGAAAGAGAGACAGAAAAGAGAGGGGGAUGAGCUAGGGGAAGGUGAUAUAUAUUCAGUACACUGCGGAUAG